AUGGACAUCAUGAUCAAAGCUCUUCAUGCUCGGGGACACUCUGUCGAUGUGUUACGAACCAAUAAAAGCUGGUACAUCAAAGAUGACUUCCCGCACUACAAACCAAUCACAGUUCCUGUUGUUGAAGUUUUUAAUCAGGAUUUUCUUAACCUCAUUCUGAAAAGGGUAUUUAGCAUUGAAAGGGGGGAAAGCUCGGUUUUUAGCUUUUUGAGUUUGCAGGUUGAAAUGUUUAAUGCCAUGUAUGAUAUGCAUGGAAUCAUAUGCAAAAUGGCUGCUAUCAUGCUUGAAGAUGCGAACUUGAUGAGUAAUUUAAAGGUGCGCAAAUAUGACCUAGUCCUCACUGACCCAGCAUGGGGUGCAGGCAUAUUAAUCGCUCAUGCUCUGAAAUUACCUCUGAUCUAUAAUGUACGAUUCGCAACUAGUGGGGAGGGACACUUGGCCAUUGCACCUUCACCAUUAUCUUAUAUCCCAAUAACUGGUUCUGGACUGACAGACAGCAUGACUUUCAUACAGAGAGUCAAAAAUCUAAUUUGCUAUGUCAUCUGGCAAGCACAGGACAUAUUUUUAAUCCAUCCUCAGUAUCAAGCUGUUUGCAAUAAAUUCUUUGGCUCAGAUGUUACAUAUAGUGGCUUAUUACAUGGCGCAGACCUGUGGCUCAUGAGAGUGGACUUUGUGUUUGAGUUCCCUCGACCGACAAUGCCUAAUGUUAUCUAUAUAGGAGGAUUUCAGUGUAAACCUUCAGAACCACUUCCUGAACACUUGGAGGACUUUGUGCAGAGUUCUGGAGAACAUGGCUUCAUCCUCAUGUCUCUGGGGACUUUUGUGAAUGAACUUCCUGCUGAUAUAACAAAUGAGAUCGCUGCAGCUUUUGCUAAACUGCCACAGAAAGUCAUCUGGAAGUAUAAAGGUGACAGGCCAGUUGGUCUGGGUAAUAACACUUUAUUAGUUGAUUGGAUGCCACAGAAUGACCUUUUAGGACACCCUAAAAUAAAAUUAUUUGUGUCACAUGGAGGAACAAACGGAGUCCAGGAAGCUAUUUAUUAUGGAGUUCCCAUUGUGGGCCUACCUGUGUUUUUUGACCAGUAUGAUAACCUGCUUCGCUUGAAAGAAAAAGGAGCAGCUAAAAUUCUUACAUUAGCCAUUGUGGAUAAAGAUGAUAAUUUUCUGAAGGCCAUAGAGGAAGUCCUGAAUGAUCCCUCCUACAGGACUAACAUGCAGAGACUUUCCAGGCUACACAGAGAUAAACCAGUAAUGCCACUGGAUAACGCCCUCUUCUGGAUAGAGUUUGUCAUGAGGCACAAAGGAGCAGCUCACCUGAAAGCAGAGUCCUACAGAAUGCCCUGGUAUUUCUACCACUCUGUAGAUGUAGUACUAUCUUUUCUAGCUGCUGCUGCAAUAAUUACUUUUUUAUCUCUUGUGUUUUUUAGGCUGUCUGUAGGUCCCCAUGGUGAACAGUAG